AUGGUUUUAUAUAAUCCGCUUACUAGAGCGACAUCCAAACCGAUUAUUCCUGACUUAUUGCAUUCUCAUCCGUGCAAUAAGAAGCAUGUAUAUGGAUAUGGUUACGGUUCAUCCACCCCGGAUGAUCUAAAGAUUGUUAGAUUCAGAGGCUGUGAUCAGUAUUCUUCUUCUAGUACGACUAACGAUAACGAGCGACAUACUUGUGAUGUUUUCAGUACUAAAACGAAUUCAUGGACCGUGUUGAGAGACUUUGUUCAAGGUGCAAACUGGUUGAAUGACGUGGGUACGUUUGCAAAUGGAUCUUUGUAUUGGAUUUCUAAUAGGUACGAUCGAGAGUUCAAGAUAGUGGCUCUCGAUGUUAACAACAUGCUACUUUCGGAUAUACAGGUACCUAAUAUUAUUGAUCAUGGAUUAAUAUAUAAUCGUCGUCGUCGUCGUGACUUGUGGGGUGUUGAUGAUUCGCAUUCUGUUAAUUUGUGGGCUGGUUUGGGUACGCUGAAUGGAUGCCUUUGCAUAGUCUCUCAUCAAACGAUUACUACUAGUGAUGCAAAAAAAGAUGGUUUUAAUGUGUGGGUAAUGAAGGAGGAGGAAGGUGUUGCUGACAACAAGUCAUGGUUGAAUGUAUCUACUUUCUACUUAGAUCUGAAAUCAGAGUUUGGAUACAGCCCUAUAAGUAUUUUGGAUGACGGCAACGUUCUUAUACUGAUUGAAUCAUUCCAAGAGCUCGUGAUCUAUGACGCAUUGAUGAAGAAAGGUUGUUGGCCUAGUUAUAAAGUGAUAAACAUCUCUGCUAGUCCUGGCUGUUUUCAAAGGAUCCAUGGGAUCGAGUAUGUGGAGACUUUGGUUUCGCCUUCAAGUUUGUUAAUUGCUUAA